AUGGGUCUGCUGUGUCUUCGAGGAAACCUCACCAGCCAAAAGAACAUCCUGGACGAUUCUGGUCCAUCGGAGCAGGCAGAGCGAAGUAUCAAAAUGGCGGCGAAGGUAUUGGCAUUGACAUCCACUUCUCAAUUGGGCUCAUCUGAAGCUCUUGCUAAGGGAGCCACAAAGAAAGUGCAGGGACAAUAUUCUAUUGAAAACUAUUGCGUCAAAGAUUCGCAGGAAUCGAGAACUUCGUUGUGGUCCGUACCUUAUUUAAACCACACUGAAUAUAGAUGCUUCGCAGGUUUUUUUGCGGGCAGUACGGCAGCGUUGGCUCUGCAGUCGUGCGAGGAUGCCAAUAUGCCUCACCACCUCAUUGUUGCCGGCGAGGAUGGGGGUCUUGUGCUUGCCAACUACGAGACCGGAGAGACGGUUUGCCAAUGGCAUAGUGCUCAUAGGCGUGAUGUAAAUGCAUUGACGAGGCCGUUGAGCAGUGGCGUUUUUGCUUCAGCUAGCCGUGAUCAGUUAGUAAAAGUUUGGGACCUUCAUCGGGAGGAAGCAGUUUGCGAGCUACGCGGCCACACGGCGAACGUCACAGGUGUUACAAUGCUUGCGGACAGCAACUUUUUGGUGUCGGGAAGUCGCGAUAAUACGAUUCGUUUGUGGGAUUUGGAGCGAGCUGAGGAAGUACAGUGUGGCGACAUCAAGCAAAACGUUGUUCAAUUUGUGCGAUGGGUGCCUCAAUUGCACUGUGUGGCGCAAGGUGGCGAGGACCUCACGUUGCGAUUGUGGGAUGUGCGCAUGAGUGCCAGCGGUCGGAAUGCCCUGGGAUUGAGGUUGGCUACCACACUUACUUGCAUCGACUAUCAUCCCGUAUGUUGCGAGCUGUUACCCGGCGAUGGGGGGAGUCGCCUCUUGACGGGGCAUAAUGGGUUCAAUGGGCACGGAGCAUAUGUGCUGCAGUGGGACCUGCGUAUGCAAAAGUAUCUACGAACGUUCCACGGUCACAGCGGUACGGUUCGAAGUAUACGAGCCCACCCUCAACCGGAGUUAACCGUGGCCCAAGAGUUCUUGAGCACAGGCGACGAUGAGUCGAUGAUUUUCUUUUCUUUGGACGCUGCUUCUGCGGAAACAACGGUGACUGCCGACCCGAGGAGUAUAUUCAAAGUCAACGAGGGUCGCGUGACUUGUUUAGAUGCGUGCGCAAAUGGUGACAUUUUUGCCUCAACGUGGGGCGGGGCCGUGCUGGUACUGCGUUCCACAUCCCCGGACAGUGAAGUUAAGGUGCCUGUGAAACGGUACAGGUGUUUUGGGGCAAAGGGGGCGCCAAACGGAGACGUGUGGUGUGACGGAUGA